AUGCAGCACCAGAGGAGGCUCCUGCAGCACCUGUGGAAGAAGGUAGAACUCCUGCUGGUCUACACGUCCGCACCAGAACCCGUUGUUGAAGAAGUGAUCGAGGCCACAGAAGCAGAGGAAGUUGCUGCUCCCCUACCAGAGCCUGAGGUUGUGGAAGAACCUGAGGUGGUUGAGGAGGAAGAAGAGCCGGAGGUGGAUGAGCCUGAAAUCAUUGAGGAAGAGCCUGAGGUUCUGGAGGAGGAAGAAGAGCCUGAGGUGGAUGAGCCUGAAAUCAUUGAGGAAGAGCCUGAGGUUCUGGAGGAGGAAGAAGAGCCUGAGGUGGAUGAGCCUGAAAUCAUUGAGGAAGAGCCUGAGGUUCUGGAGGAGGAAGAAGAGCUUGAGGUGGAUGAGCCUGAAAUCAUUGAGGAAGAUCCUGCGGAGGAGGAGGAGGUCGCCCCAGUCGAGGAGGAGGUCGCCCCAGUCGAGGAGGAGGUCGCCCCAGUCGAGGAGGAGGAGGAGGUCGCCCCAGUCGAGGAGGAGGAGGAGGUCGCCCCAGUCGAGGAGGAGGUCGCCCCAGUCGAGAAGGAGGAGGUCGCCCCAGUCGAGGAGGAGGAAGAAGCCGCCCCAGUCGAGGAGGAGGCCGCCCCAGUCGAGGAGGAGGAGGAGGCCGCCCCAGUCGAGGAGGAGGAGGAGGCCCCCAUUGAAAAGGUAGAGGAAGCCGCCCAAGUCGAGGAGGAAGAGGCUGCCCCCAUUGAAAAGGUAGAGGAAGCCGCCCAAGUCGAGGAGGAAGAGGCUGCCCCCAUUGAAAAGGUAGAGGAAGUCGAGGAGGAAGUUGCCGCCAUUGAGGAGGAAGCCGCACCAGUUGAGGAGGAGGUUGCUGAAGAGGCUGCCCCGGUUGAGGAAGUGGAUUCUCCCACAGAAGAGGCUGUUGAGGAGGAGGCCGCUGAGGAGGAAGUUGCUGCAUCAGUUGAGGAGGAAGUCGCUGUUGAGGAAGAGGCUGCCCCCGCAGAAGAAGAGGCUGCACCAGUUGAGGAGGAGGCCGUGGAGGAGGCGGAAGAGGCAGAGGAGGAGCCAGCAACAGAGGAGGAAGAGCUGGUAGAAGAAACAGCAGCAGAAGAUUCAGAACAAACAGAAGAAGCCGAAUCAGAAGCUGAGUCAGAAGAAACUCAACAGGAGGAAGCUCUUCGGGAAGAGUUUGCAGAGGAAGCAGCUGAAGUAGAUGAGCUGGAGGAGUUGAUAGAAGAGCUUUCCCAGGCAGAAGAACAGAUGGAAGAUGAGCCAACAGAAACGCCGAGCCUGCGGUCUCAGCGCGGUAAGACUGAUUGAGGACCAGCCCACAUCGCAUCCCACUGAGCGCAUGCAGCCGCGCUUUCCCACCUCCAGAGAAUGAAAAGCGCCAUCACGGCCUUCAACACUCUCCUAUUUGUCCUAUUUCUCACUCGCAUACCCAGAAACUUGUUUUUCUCACUUCCAGAACUUGUUAGAUUUUUUCAUUUACCCUAUAUAUAUUUUUUUCUUUUCUUUUUUUUCUUCUUAUAAUGACAAGUAUCAAUGAAUUUCUCUUACAGAUGUAGGUAGAUAAUGGGAGGGUAGCUUUUCGCUAAUGGAAUGUAGGUUGUUUUCCAUUUCCUGUGUAUAGCAAGCAGAGGUACAUGUUGCUAGUCAAAGAACUUCACGUCUGAGCCGAGUUCAGUUUUUUGUUAAAUGUGAAGAUGCAAAGCUGCAGUUUUGUAUUACCAGUAUGUAUUGAGUCUACAUGUCAAGAUGUUGCAUAUCUAGGGCAAAGUUAUGCUGACAGGUGAACAGACGAGUCUGGUGAUGUAGGGUGAGUGUGUGAGCUUCCAUAUGUGUAUGACUGAGAAUGUGUAUAGAUGUACACUACAUGACCAAAAGUAUGUGAACACCUGCUCGUCGCACAUAUCAUUCCAAAAUCAUGGGCAUUAAUAUGGAGUUGGUCUCCCCUUUGCUGCUAUAACAGCCGCCACUUCACUCU